CUACCUGAGAGUGGGGGGGGGGUGAGUUUGUGAGGAGAAGCUGCUGUGAGCGUCUCUGUGGAAGCUUCUUAUGUAAAGCUUCAAUCUCCUGCCGGGUCUUUUAAUUUGAAACUUUGGAGUCAGAGAGCAAGAGUAGAGUAGAAGAAGAUGGAGGUGGCUGACAAUGAGCCGGUGUGACCUCUGACCCCUCACCUUCAAACUCACCUGCUUGUCUACCUGAGGGGGGCGGGGCCUGAGGAGCCCAGGGCAGUCACCAUGGCAGCAACUUCCUCCCUGCUCGGCAGAGGUCUGGGUCUUGUCCUUGUGGAGUUUCAGUAUGAGUACCCGGGUCGUGACGGCGCUCUGGUCUCCAUUAAACCCAACGAACGCUACGUCCUGCUGGCGAAGACCAACGACCACUGGUGGCAGGUCCGCCGCGACCGCAACUCCAAGCCCUUCUACAUCCCCGCCAAGUACGUCAAGGAGCUGCCACUGGACUUCCCCUCACCUCUGCACUUUGAUUCGGCCAGUCCUGAACAUUUGUUGCUUCCUGUGGCAGCGCCGGUUGCCGUACCCGUACCCGUCCCCGUACCCAUCCACAAGACUUUGGAGGAUCCCAGAACCAAGCCAGGGGACCAGGUGAUGAUCCGGCUCCGGCCCGAUGCUGCCAGACGCAAGACGGAGAACCGCAUGUCCACGUUCGGCGUCCCGCUGGACUUCCAGGACCUGUCGGCUGUGGCACCGGCAUCGCGACAUCCCAGCAACCCUGCUGCUGCUCCCACAGAGACCGGGACUAAUAACAUGGCCGACGAGGCGAGCAAAAAGCACUUCCUGGAUGACCACGGGGACUCUGACAAAACUCGAGUUCCCAGUUUCAGUCCAGCAGAUCCGCUCCCGGCGCCGCGGCCCCAGAACCAGCCCAUCCCCGUGGAGACACCUGUGGUCCCCCCCCACAACGAGCACCAUGGCACGUCCUCGCCGUCCACAGGUCGCCAUGACCACCGGGAGUCCCCGAUAGAGCCCGAAGAGGAGGCGGCGGAGGAGGAGAUGAGCACGGAGGAGACGAGCACGGAGGAGACAAGCACAGGGGAGAGCGGCGGCGGCGUGGAGCACUCGGUGAAGGAGGAAAAUUCAAAUCACAUCUACGAGUCCAUCCAGGACCUGAACCUGGAUGUGGAGGCUCUGGUGGGGGGGAAAGCAAGUCCUGGAGUGCCUGCACCUGCACCUCCACCUGCACCUGCACCUGCACCUGCACCUCCACCUCCACCUGCACCUGCACCUGCACAGGACGCGAUCUCGCCCAUCUACGCUAACUUCUCUUCUCUGAAGAAGUUGUGCGUCCCUCAGAUCUCCGGCCCUGCCCUCCCCGCGUCGCCUCCUCCAGACCACACCCCCUCCUCGUCAGUCUCCUCCCCCGGGAUGAUGAGCCCCGCCUGCCCCCUCAGCCCGCAGGACGACUGGCAGGUGCACACGGACCAGGAGAGCGGGAAGACAUUUUACUUCCAACCAGUAACCAGACGGACCACCUGGUGCGACCCCUGCGGCCCCUCUGCCCCGCUGGCUGCAGACUUGGACCAUCCCGAGGGGAGCGAGGGGGGACAGCUGACCUCCCCCUCCCUGUUGCUCCCCCCCGCCUCCUCUCAGGGUUCCUGUGUUUGGGAGCAGCUGCUGGACAAAGCCUCUGGGAGAUUUUACUACUACAACCCCACCUCAGGAGCCACGUCAUGGGCCGCACCAGAGCCGCUCUCCCCCUCCUCCCUCCCAGGAUCCACAGCCAGCAGGAGGCAGGUCGGCAGCCCGCCUCCGCUGCCAGAGGAAGAUUAUCCUGUAGACGCAAAGCAUGACAACAACGACGUCUUCACAGCGAAUCCUCAGCAGCACGUGAUUCUGAUUCCCAGAGCGCAACUGGACCUGAAAGAUGGAAACUUCUCUCAGUUCAGGCUGCAGGAGAUUCCACCUUUGCCCCAAAAGCUGAUGGGAAAUGGAGUUUCUGAGGAAGGAACGGCUGUGCAGGUCAGGAACUGGAGACACAGCGUGGCCGAAGACACGUUUGGUCUCGGCCACAGGAGGAACGUUUCAGACUUCACAGAGGUGUCCAAUAGGAGACAGUCCCCCGACAGUCCGCAGUUCUCUGACAGGCUCAACUUGAAGAGGAAUCUGUCCGAUCGGAGCUCCGGCUCCCACCAGCCCCACUGCCAUUUGCUGGAGAAAGCAGGAAUCAUGAAUAAGACUAAAGUAGUCGAUAAUGGCAAAAAGAUCAGGAAGAACUGGAGUCAGUCCUGGACUGUCCUCCACGGGGGGAUCCUCACCUUCCACAAAGACCCCAAAUCUGCUCCGACCGGGAACGCUAGUAAAACGUCACAGAUUGUUCCAGAAUACACGGUGGAGCUGCGAGGAGCCUCUGUGUGCUGGGCCGCCAAGGACAAGUCCUCCAAGAAGAACGUCCUGGAGCUGAGGACGCGUCAGGGCUGUGAGUAUCUGAUGCAGUACGACACGGAAAGCAUCAUCAGUGACUGGUUCAAAGUGAUGCAGGACACCAUCAGACAGCUGGAACAGGAUCAUCAGUCGGAGGAUGACGACGAAGCGUCUUCAGACAAAGAGGACAAAGACAGGAAGAGGACAUUGAACAAGGGUUCAUCAGGAGCCGACUCUGAGCAGAGACGAGUUCGGACUAAACUUCGACGUUUCCUCCAGCGGAGGCCGACGCUGCAGAGCGUGAAAGAGAAAGGCUACAUCAGAGAUAACGUGUUCGGCUGUCACCUGGACACUCUCUGUCACAGAGAGAACAACAACAUCCCAAAGUUUGUGGAGAAGUGUAUCAGAGCGGUGGAGAGGAGAGGUCUGGAUGUGGACGGGAUCUACAGAGUGAGCGGAAACCUGGCUGUGAUCCAGAGACUCCGACAUAAAGCUGAUCAUGAGGAGCAGCUGGACCUGGAAGAUGGACAGUGGGAGGAGAUCCACGUGAUCACCGGAGCUCUAAAGCUGUUCCUGCGGGAGCUCCCGGAGCCGCUGUUCCCAUUCAGUUGCUUCGACAAGUUCAUCGCUGCCAUCCAGGUCCAGGACUACAGCCUGAAAGUCUCCUACAUGAAGGACCUGGUUCGCUCUCUGCCUCUACCCAACCACGACACCAUGGAGCUGCUGUUCAAACACCUGCGCAGGGUGAUCGAGCACAAGGAGUCCAAUAGGAUGUCGGUUCAGAGCGUGGCCAUCGUGUUCGGCCCUACGUUGCUCCGCCCGCAGACGGAGUCCGCCAACAUGACAAUCCACAUGGUGUUCCAGAGCCAGAUAGUGGAACUAAUGCUCAACGAGUACCAGACCGUCUUCUCCCACAGCUAGAGUGGACCUCCAGAACCCAGGAAACAUCACGAGACCGCCAAAAAUCUGCAAAAGUGUCAGAGAAACUUCUCCAACUUUGGACCUAAUUGUCACCUCCUGUCAGACCAGAAGUUCACCGGGGUGUGAACUGCAUGACUAUGACUUAAAUGACCCAAGCAGAGUGGAACCACCUAGAAUCCUGGACUGGUUUUGAAACCUUUGACAGCAGCUGUGCUCUUUUUUUUUUAAGGCAACAGACCAAAUGGAACACAUUUUCUUGGCACCAAAAAUCCCAAGACAUCUCACUUUGAGCAAGAACUCUUCUAACAAAGAUCAGAUCCUUCUAGAACCAUUUUAUUAAAUAUUAAAAUGACAAUAGCUGGACCUGCAGGCUUCACCGGUCUCCUCUUACUACUGUGGAACUACCAAGAACCCCGGACUGGGUUUGAAACCUUAAACUGGAGUCAUGUUCUGAUGCACUUUUUAAGAAUCAGAAUCCGGUUUAUUGCCAAGCAGGUUUUCAAAUAUAAGGAAUUUGCUUUGGUAUUGGUGCUUAACAUAAACACAGUAAGAUAAAUUAUAAUGAAAAUUAAGAGCAAAUAUUGAAAAGAAAGAAAGAAAUAUUAAAAGAAAAUUAUAAAAUAACAAAUACACAAAAAAGAAUAAUACUAUAAAUAUGAAAUAUUGCAAAAAGAAAUACAUACAGUAAAUCUGAGUUUAACAUGGAAGUGCUGUGCCGUAUUUAGAAGUUUUCUGAAAACUUCAAACCCAAAAUGUUCUAUUUUUUUGUUUUUGAAUGCAUGGGAGGUAACCCUUGAACCUCCAGGCUGAAUGAUGCCCUGUGUUAACCAAUGUGCCUUAAAUAAUCCCAGCUUCACUUUCAAUGCAACACAAACACACAGAUUCUGCAUCUGAAAGCAAAAGCAGUUCUGAAGCAGUUCUCACAUUGAGAAAGGCCUUACAAGAUCAUCUAGAACCGUGUACUAUGUAACCUUUCAGUUACAUAGAUGGGGUGUUGAGUACAUACGGCUCUCAUCACCGGCCUUAAAUAACACCGUCGCACCCUCAGUGGAACCACCUAGAACCCUGGACUUGUUCUGAAACCUUAAACCAGCACCUGCACUUUGCUAUCAAGGAAUCAGACCUACUUUGCACCUGAAUAAAACCCGAUAUCCACACAGGUCCGACAUCACACCUCUGUCUCACCACCAGGCCUGAAAUGACUGAUAUGGACAAAUUGGAAAAUUGGCUUCAAAGCCUGGCGCUCUUCCUAGGGUCUCGAUUGGUGUCAGAUUGUUUGUUCUUCAGUCAGUCUUAGUUUCUACAUGAACACUGCACCGUGUACAAUCACACACCUGCAUUUAAUUCUAAAUAUCUACUUGUUUAUGUCCAUGUUCAUAGUAAGAGCUGAUGUGUUGCCAAUAUCUAUCAAUCCAACAACCACCAGUCUGUGUUGCAUUCACUGACCCUGGAAAACACAGAUAGUUUUUACAUAAACAUACAGUAAUUUUUAAGUCAGUAUAUGUUGAUACCAUGUUUAUGUUUUACUUAAGUUUUAAAAGAACAAGACCUUUAUAUUAAACACUGGAUCAAAGUACACCACUAUAUCAUGUAUAAGACUGGACAUCAGUCAUGUACAGUGUUAUUUUAAGAGAGAAAUAACAUCACAGAAGAAGGAUGAAGGUAAUUUAAAAUCAGAAGUCUUUUUGCUAAGCUAAGCUAAACACAUCUUGGAUCUAUCCAUUUAAGUCAAUAUAACAAUAACAAGAGAAUUAUCUUUAAAUCUAAAUAAGGUUUGAUAGAACGUUGAGAGGACCCAGGAUGUUUCCCUGAGGGACUUCACAAGUUAUUACGGACAGGAAACCAGAGGAUUUACAGAAAUGUUAGUGUUUUUUAAGGGAACAUUUUUACUGCUGUUUGUCAGAUUAAUUCUAGAAAAUAAUUAUCUGUACAAUACUGUACGUUUUAUAGUGUUGAGUAUAUAUGUAUUACAGGUAUAGAACAAAGUUAACAUGGAAGAUUAACUGAUUUAACUCUGUACAUAAGAGGGUAUUUUACUAACCUUUUAAUAAAGAUGAAAC